UCACUCAUACAGGCAGAGAGAAUGUUUUGCGACAGUUACGAAACAGUUCCUCUGUGUGCAUAUCAGCAGUGUUUUCUGAAGUCGGUGGCAGCUCUGCACAGUGUGGUAGUUUUAAUGCAACAGAUCCAUUUGCAAUUGUUUAAUUCCUCUAUGAAAAGUUGCCAAAAUCCUUUGAGUUGGGAUUAGCCGCCAGCUAGCAGAUCUAACUAGAAGAAAGACACAGCUGCAGAUUUCAGAGAGAGGUUGCAUUUCAGAGAGAGAGAGAGAGAGAGAGAGAGAGAGAGAGAGAGAGAGAGAGAGAGAGAGAGAGAGCUAGUUUGUACGUGACCCCCUUCAAACAGGAACAGACAGAUUCCUGACACCACGGCCAGAGGAAACAUUUGUGCAUGCAGUGUUCAGGAAACAGAAGCCCUGCCAGUUCAUACUCAGAGAGGGGUCUUGCAGCUGCCUAGCGGGGGUGGCAUUCUAAUCUGCAGAGCUGGAUGCUGCUGGAAGUGAGAUGGAGGGCAAAAGCCAGACGGACAAGGCCACGCCGCGGAUGACCAGCCUCACCUCCAAGCUGCAGGCCAUGGUCCGGAUUCAACGCAAAUACCAGGUCUUCAAGGCACGCCGGGCUGAGCUCGCCGCGGAGCAGUCCAGGGCUGCCAUGCUGCACCGCGGCAACACUGGACCCGAGAUCUUCACCUUCGAGACGGCCGCAGCUGGCACCACGGCCAGCCCCUGCAUCUGCAGAAAAAAGAAGAAGAAAUCUCGCGUCAUGUUCCCCAACAGCGGGCGGAAGUACCUGCCAGCCCAAGAGCGCAACCGAGCCAAGAGCUGCCUCUUCUUGCUUAGCAUCAUAGUCUUCCUCCAGGUCUACAACGCCAUAGAGAACCUGGAUGACCACCUCCAGAAGUACGACCUGGAAGGCUUGGAGAAGACUCUUAAACGGGAGGUCUUCGGGCAGAAGGCGGCCAUGGAGAAUAUCAUAGAGCUCCUGACUGAUUACCUCUCCACCUAUGUCCACAACAAGCCUCUGGUGCUCUCCUUAAACGGGCCCAUCGGAGUGGGGAAGAGCCACUUGGGGCGCAUCCUGGCGCGUCACUUCCGUUCGGUCACGCGAGACCAGCUGGUGCUGCAGUACUUCGUACUGCACCACUGCCCCCUAGAGGAGAAGGCCACGAUGUGCGCCCAGGACUUAGCCGGCAGGAUCACGGAGAUGGUCAACCAGGGAGAAUCGGAGGAGAGGAUCCCGGUCUUCAUCUUCGACGAGGUGGAGUUCAUGCACACGGAGAUCCUGGACUUACUCCACAGCUGCUUCCAGGCCAACCAGACCAACGAGUUCCUCAAUGCGGUCUACGUGCUUAUCAGCAACAUCGGCCAAGGAGAGAUCACCAAGUUCGUCCUGCAGAACUCCUCCAGCAGCGACCCCUUCGGGAGGCAGAAGGGGAGCCAUGAGCUGGUGAAGCAGCUCAAGGCCUCCCUGUCCAAGUACCACCCUGUCUGGAAGGAGGCAGACAUCGUGCCCUUCUCCCUGCUGGAGAAGGCCCACAUCAUGAACUGCUUUCUGGACGAGAUGACUCAAGAAGGUUUCUACCCCGACAGCUCGCACAUUGAGCGUCUGGCUGGGGAGAUAUCCUACUACACGGCCGGGGACAAAGAAUAUUCCAUGAACGGAUGCAAGCAGGUGGUAGCUAAGGUCAACCUCUUAUGAUUGAGUCAAGAGACAAGGGGUUUUAAUUUCUGCACUGAAAGGAGUGCCAAAAAAAACAGACCCUUUCAAACAGGAAAUUCCUUAACCACAUCAUUAUGCCUCCUCCUGCCUGCAUCCUGCUUGCC